AUGGAACUACCUGCCAACUACCUCCUGCUCAACAGCUCCAUGCUGGAGAUGAACGUCACAUCCUACUCCUACUCCAAAGAUCUGAUCACAGCCACUGUCAAGUAUUUCCAACCUCCAAUUGUUAUCUUUGUCCCCAGGUACGUGCAGCCCUCCAUCUUUGUGUUCGGAUUUAUCGGCAACCUGCUCUCCUUCUGUGUGUUCAUGACCCGGAAGAUGCGGGCCGUCUCCACCAACGUGUACCUGGCCGCUCUGGCCGCCUGCAACUUCCUGUUUUUGGUGGCCAGCUCGGCGUCCUGGCUGGACCUCAUGGGCUUCCGCAUCAUGCACACCAAGGGCAUAUGCCCACUCACCAUCUACAUCACCUACUGCUGCAGCUUCCUGUCGAGCUGGCUUGUCGUCUGCGUGACGUGGGAGAACUUCCUGAUCAACUUCUCUCUGGUGAGGGCGACCUACCUGUGCACGGUACCCAAGGCGAGGACGGCAGUCCUUGGCCUAGUGGUCAUCUCGGCCUUGCUGUACGACUUCGCCCUCUGGACCAGCGAGCUGGUGGCCAACCACGGCAACGGCACCUUGUACUGUAUGGUGCCCAACAACCUCAAGCAAGUCAUCUACGUCUUUACGGCCGUGGACACCAUGGUAACCAUGGUGAUCCCCACCGCCAUCAUGCUGGUGCUAGUGGUGCCGUCUUGCGUCAAGAACAUCAUCAUGACGCGGCGGGGGGAGAACCCGCUCCGCCCGCUCAUGUCGCGGCGUCACCGCUCCCUGCUCCGCGUCUCCCGACUCCUCUGCGUCAUCACGGGGUCUUUCAUCAUCCUGACGGCGCCGAGCCACGUGCAGAAGAUCUGUGACGUCAUACAGACAUUUUUUUACGCCGAGUCCACGGAGAGGUACUCGUCCUCCGUCAACCUCACCUUCCUCUUUCAGACGCUCUACUGCGUCAGCCUCUCCUGCAACAUUUUUUACUUCCUCAUCUGGGGGAAAAACUUCAGGAAGGAAAUCCUCAAGUUCUGUAAAACACUUCUGGCACUUUUCUUUAACCGAACAAUGUAGGUCAGCGAAAUGGUGGACAAACUAAAAAUAGACUUAUGAAACUGAUUCUACUUCCUGUUUACUUCCAGGACUAUAAUGGAAUCUUCUGGAAGUGACUUACCAGACGGAGAAAAUAAUGCUGCUAAAUCCGGGCUUUUUGUUGAAUUGUGUUUCCCUUUUAGUUAAGAAGAUAAAAAUA